ACAAUGUACAUGGCCGGUGCGCGUAUCAGUAUCGAGGAUACCGCGAUGGAAACUUUUCCUCUCCGUUCUCCACUAUUCUUGUCGGUGACACGAGUGCCCGUUAGUUUUUAGAGAAGUAGAACGGUGGUCGAGUGGGUUCCCAUGGACGGUCGAGAGGAAUCGAGUGCAGCUCCGACCGAUCAAUCGUUCCCGUUAACAUUAAACGGGUUGAAAGUGUUUGUCGAAGAGAUUUCGUUCGAAUAUGUGUCACGCGUUUCUCUGCUACAGUUUUAGAAAAAUUACCAUUUUCAUUCCGUGAUUCACAGUUUAUGAUCGCAGAAGUGAAUGGAAGAAUCUGUCGGAUUUUACGAAAUAAACAAAAAUUUCGUUUGUGUGUCAUCUAUUUUGUUCUGACAGUGUUAAUUGUCUCGAGACGAGAGAGUACCUCGUUCGGAAGGAAGCUUACAAGCGUCUAUGUAACUGUGAGAAGAGUGCAGUGUCAAGGGUUUGAGAUGACUGACGGUCAGUGAAGGGGGAGGAUCGAUUAUUUGCCACGGUGAAAAGUUGUACGGCUGCGAAUCAAAAUGGGGAAGGGAAUGUUCUCGAUAAGCGCAAAGCAACAAGUAUGCCAGCUGUUCUUCAUCCAAGUCGUUCUAAUCAUUUUAAUGGCCACGCUGAUGACGUACGGCCCGGAGUCGAACGCUAAUUUGCUAAAAAGCCACACGGAAGACCGCGGAAGUCGGAAGGACGUCAAGGAAACGGACCCGUUGCGGAUCUAUCCGAUGUAUCAAGAUGUCCACGUGAUGAUCUGGAUCGGGUUCGGUUACCUGAUGACGUUCCUCAAGAGAUACGGUCAGAGCGCAAUUGGGCUGACUUUCCUCCUCGGCGCCGUGCUGGUCCAGGUCGCUAUCAUCUGCGAAGGAGUUUUGCACAUACACACGGGCAAGGCUUACUUAUCUUUGACAAGCCUGCUGAGCGCGGACGUUGCGGUGGCCACCCCGUUGAUAUCCAUGGGAGCUCUUCUGGGUAAGACGACCUACAUGCAGCUCGUGUUCAUGGGCAUCGUCGAGCUGAUCGUGUUCACCGUGAACAAGUACGUGGGCGAGCAUCUGCUUCAGGCGGUGGACGCGGGCGAUAGUAUGUUCGUGCAUGCCUUCGGAGCAUACUUUGGUCUUGCUGUUAGUUUCGUCUUCGGGAUGAAGAAUAAGCCUAAAGAGCAUCGACUUGAAGGACCGUCUUAUAACUCUGAUAUUUUUGCCAUGAUCGGAACGGUAUUCCUGUGGCUGUUCUGGCCGUCGUUCAACAGCGCAGCCCUCCAAGGAGACAGCCAGCAAAGGGCCAUUAUAAACACCCUUCUGUCGAUCUCGGCUAGCUGUGUGAUCGCGUUCGCCACCUCCGGUCUGGUGUCGAAGGACAGCAAGUUCAACAUGGUCCACGUGCAGAACUCGACGCUGGCCGGCGGUGUGGCCAUCGGCACUGCGGCAGGCAUGAUGUGCGAGCCAGUGGGCGCCGUGGUCAUAGGCGCUCUCGCCGGACUGUUUAGCGUCCUCGGCUACAAGUAUCUGACGCCGUUGAUCCAAAGAGGAGCGAAGAUUCACGAUACGUGCGGUGUGCAUAAUCUCCACGGUAUGCCAGGCGUCCUGGGCGGAAUUUUCGGCGCGUUGAUGUCCGGCCUGGCCACGGAAGCCUCUUACAAUUAUUCCCUGUACGAGAUCUUUCCUGCGAGGACGCCCAGCUCUGGACCGAGGCUGGCAGAGAUAACGGAUAAUCAUGGCAUGACGCCACCCGGACUAGACAGGACAGCUGGACAACAGGCUGCUUAUCAACUGUUCGCGCUCGCGAUUACUCUGGGAAUCGCUAUUGUCUCAGGAUUGAUAACAGGUAUGAUGAUGCGUGUGUCGAUCUUCGGUUCCGUCGACGAGGAACAGAAAUUCGAUGACGAGUUCCAUUGGGAGUUGGAAGAAGAAGAAUCGUCGAACGAGUCGAAGAAAGAAAGAAACAGCAGUAGCGGCGAUCAGUUGCCGAUGGGUCACAUCUGACGCGAAUCGUUUUCUAUUAUCGUAAAAUAAGGAUUUUUAUGUUCGUUUAAACAAAUCGCCGAUGCGGUAAUGUUUCGUAGAAAACGGUCGACGUACCGACCGAGCGUUCAACAGGUAGCAGAAAACGUGAAAAGUAAAAGAUCAAUACAUGUAGCGUAGCUGAUUAGAGUGCGAAGUCGUAUGAUUUCUAAGUACGGCUGAGGAACUUAGUUUCGUUUGGUGAGAAAGUAUCGUGUCGGGAGAAAUGAAGCGUACAAUGAUUAUAUAGUAUCCCAUCUUUAAUCGCAUUAUUUAUAUUUUUUAGAAAAAGUCUAUAAAUCGAUACGGUGACAAAUCUGUAUGCGUCUUCUAGGAUCAAAGAUCGCCUGGCGUACGAAAAGAAUUUGUAAAGAGUGGUAGCCCAUGAUAAUCAAGAACGAUACGUCUUUCAAAACACCAUGAUAUAUUAUUUUUGCUAAACUUCUUUGUAUAUAAUUAUAAUAAUGUCGGAGACGAUAA